GUGAAAAGGGGCGUUCAUUGGCCAUUUGCUAGCAAAUGUGUAUAUAAACAAAUGAUAAAAUGCAGAAAAUGUUGCCUGCCCAGGCUGCCCUUGUGCUGUGUGUGAUGUGUGUGCGUGUGUGCUGGCUGAGUGUGUAUGUUUGCGUUAGCUUUGUGGUUUUGCUUGCAGCUGCUUCAUAAAUAUUCGCACUCCAUUGCGGUACUCAAAUUUUUCUUGCAGCGAAACUCUAACUAAAUCGCUAUAACAAUCCAAGGUGUUUGGGAAUAUCUCCAUCCUAAAAAUAAAAAUUAAAAAAACCUCUCGUAGAAUUAUUAACCCCUCCCCAAAAAGUAUAUAAGCAGCUGGUGCCGGGUGCAGCAAGCUCUAUAAUCGUAGACAUAAGACUAACUCAUCAUGGUGCGCAGUCGUCGCAGUCUCUCCAAGGAGGAUGCCGCAUCUCUGCUUACGGAUAGCGGCAUUUCUCUCUCAUCGCCGCCGGCGGCACGGGAUUCAUCGCCCACGGAAACGCCCAUAAAGCGACGGAAGAGCAGCCUCAAUAGUUUGCAAGACUUGUAUGUGGAUAGAGAGCACGAUGCCGAGCAGGAAUCCACAGAUGCAGAUGGAGAUGGGGAUGCGGAUGCGGAUUACGUGCAACCGGAGCCAAAGAAAUCACCACGUAAAGCAGAAGCAACCAGACGUAAGCAGCACGUGUGUAAUCAUUGCUCCAAGGAAUUUGGUGGCAAGACAGAUCUGUUGCGUCACAUGCUCAUCCAUUCGGACGAGCGUCCGCACAAGUGCACAGAGUGCGGCAAGUGCUAUCGACAGGCGGUGAAUCUAAAGAACCACAUCACCACCGCACACGAACACAAGAAACAAUUCGCCUGCACAGAAUGUCCCAAGUCCUUUGCUCUCAAGGAACGGCUCAGGCUGCACAUGCGUCUGCAUUCUGGCGAGAAGCCAUAUCCAUGUGCGUUGUGUGACAAACGGUUUGCCAGAGGAGGUCAGCUGCAGCAGCACAUGGUGUCGCAUCAUAAGACGAGCAUACAGCAAUUUAACUGCACCAAGUGCUCGGCCAGCUUCUCCACGAAUGCCAAUCUCCGCGUGCACAUGGAACGCCACGAGCAGGGCAUGGAACACAGAUGCUCCAUCUGUGAGAGUCAGUUUGCCAAUGAAUUGGCGCUGCGAGCCCACAUCAACCAGGAACACCAUAAACUAAGUCAAUUUGAUUGCGAAAUCUGUCACAAGACUAUCGAGCCGGAUGAGGAUCUGGCCACGCACAUGCAGAAACAUGCUGCAGUGAAGACACACGUCUGCGAGGUGUGCAAUUCGUAUUUUACACAAAAAUCCCAGUACAAUGUUCAUAUGCGAAUGCACACUGGAGAACGGCCGUAUCAGUGCCGGAUCUGUCAUCAAACUUUUGCCCACUCCAGCGUGUUGAAGCUGCACAUACGCAAGCACACGGGAGAAAAGCCUUUUCGCUGCCAGCUCUGCACGGAUGAGGUGGCCUUCUCACAGCUGGCACAUCUCAAGAAUCACAUGAAGAAGAUACAUAAACAGCAGAAGCCCUAUAUGUGCGAUGGCUGCCAUGAGUUCUUCAAGAUCAAAGUGGAGCUGCAGGCACAUGUCGAGCAAUGUGCCAAAUGCCAGACGACGGAGGAGCCCAGCGAUAGUCAGACAGAAGAUGCACAAACACUCUCCAGCAUUCGCUUUAAUAUGGCCGUGGUUCUAAAGAAGAUUAGCUCGGCCCAGAAACUUCGACAGCUGGGCUACGAGAAGCGUCUCAUUGAUAAUGUUAUUAUUGCCUCACUGAAGUUGGCUCAGCGUCCGUCGCACGAUGAUGCAACUCUGACACCGCUGGCCAGACUUCGUUUAAAUGUCGAGGAGUUCCUUAAGUGGAUUGUGCCGGCGACCGAAAUGCAAAAGUUCAGCGAGGAGCUGCUGUCGAUCGACACGAUACUCGACAAGAUUGCGACCAUGUAUAUGCAACAAAAGUAGAAAGUAGACUUUAAUAUUUUUUCCGAGCGACUGUGCCAUAGACUAAACAUGUUUAGCAUUAGUUCUUGCCAUUUAACUUAGUUCAAAAAUCCUAUAACCAAAUGUUUUAGCCCAAAGAUUUAAACACUUAAGCACUGAAUUAUUGUGAAUUAACCUAUUUUUUAUUAAGCUUAGUUGAGCUAUUACCAAAAAGUGAAUAACAAACAAAUCCAAAUGAAGUAACAACUUGCCAGAGCAGUGCGUAGUAGUGCUUGAACCUUAGAAUAAGUUCCAUUUAAUUUAAUUAAAUUCAAUGUGGCCAUGCAUAAGUAUUCACUUGAAUGUAUUGAUCGCGUUUUUUAUAUAUAACUACCUUGCCGUUAGCCCUUAUCAUUUAACCAUUUACCAAAACCGAUUUAGAAAUCUAGCAACCAAAUAUGAAUUGCAAAAGUACAAGCUAAGAAAUGUAAAUCAAAAAAAACUUAAAGAAAAGAUGAAUAAAUAUUAAAUAAAAAAUGAAA